AUGAAAGGUGAAGAGCUAGCGGAAGCAGGCUUUUUUUAUAGCGGAGUAGGCGAGAGAACGAUAUGCUACCAAUGUGGUAUUAAAAUAGAUCGUUGGAGACCAGGCGACGAUAUCUGGAGACAACAUGCCUAUUACUCGUCCUCGUGCUAUUAUUUACUUGUAACGCGGGGCUGCGAAUACAUCAAUAAUGUAAAAGGCGAGCAAUUCUAUGCAACUGCUGCAGAAGCACCGACACAAGUUAAAUUUGACAAUCAUGUGAAACCCACUAGUGAAAAUGAAACUAACGAGAAGACUCUCGUUGAAAAAGUUGCUGAUCUGGAGGGAAAAAAUAAAAAAUUGAAGAAUUCGCGAUCGUGUAAAGUUUGUACGGAACGAGAAGCAAGUAUUAUGUUUCUACCUUGUGAACACUUGGUGACGUAUUUGAAAACUCUACAAGUAACAAUAAGUAACAAUAACAAAAUGUUUCCUAUAUGUAACAUGCAACCUGUGCUACCACAAUGCGAAGAAUCUGCAGAGCAUGAAGAAUUGUCAGACGAUUCAAUUUCGUCUGAUGAUUCAUACGCGUUAGAUGAUCCAACUAUGUCAUUUGACCCCUCGUUAACUUCACCAAUAAUACCCGAAGAGCCGUCGAUCUCAGCGCUAGAAAGGUUUCCGGUACCGGAGUCGUUGCUUCGUCUAUCGACGUCGCGUGCCAGUCGAAAACGUUAUGAUGAUUUUCGUUUUGAAGCAGCAAGACUUUCGAGUUUUCGAAACUGGCCUGUAUCUUGCAUUGACCCUGCCAGUCUUGCAGCAGCAGGAUUCUAUUAUACGGGCAAAUUAGAUAGAGUCAGAUGUUUUGUGUGUCGAGUGGUGAUAAGUCACUGGUUAAAGGGUCGUACUCCAAUGCAGGUGCACGAAAUUUGGUCUGCAACUUGCAGAUUUGUACGGAAUGAAAAUUGUGAAAAUGUACCAAUUGAUACAGAAUCUAUAUCGACAGAUAGAAUGAAAUCAGGUCGAUAUGGAUUAGAAUAUUUGUCCAAAGAAUAUUCAACACAUACAGAAAACGGUACUGCGUAUGAACUUCUUAGCCGUUUGGGGAUAAAGAAAGCUGCAUUGCCAGAAUAUUAUCAAUAUAUCACGUGUGCAUCAAGACUAUCUACGUUUGAAACCUGGCCUGUUACGCAUAUGAAAGGUGAAGAGCUAGCGGAAGCAGGCUUUUUUUAUAGCGGAGUAGGCGAGAGAACGAUAUGCUACCAAUGUGGUAUUAAAAUAGAUCGUUGGAGACCAGGCGACGAUAUCUGGAGACAACAUGCCUAUUACUCGUCCUCGUGCUAUUAUUUACUUGUAACGCGGGGCUGCGAAUACAUCAAUAAUGUAAAAGGCGAGCAAUUCUAUGCAACUGCUGCAGAAGCACCGACACAAGUUAAAUUUGACAAUCAUGUGAAACCCACUAGUGAAAAUGAAACUAACGAGAAGACUCUCGUUGAAAAAGUUGGUAAGUAA